CGACGGCAUUGUAGUGCAGUUCUCAAUAGCAGUCCCUAGAAACAGAAUGUCUCGAUUGCAAGGCAAGUGCUUACUGCUGGCUCUACUGGCCUGCUUCACACUGCUCUCCAUGGCCAUGGGCUGGCCGGCCUAUGGAUACCGCACAGAGCGUAACGGUCGCAGUUACACGGAUAUUGCUCGCGUCAUCAAUCCCAAUCAGUACGCCUUUGUGGGCAGCCGAAACUAUCCAGGACAACCGUUUUGGCCAGCGGGUCGCUAGAAAUC